AUGGAUAAUUUGUCAAGCAUUUGCAUUAGUGACUUAAGUGUAUCAUCAAGAACGUGUUCAGCUGCACUGUCCACUAGUGGUCAGCCUGAGCUCACCAGCUACUUCCAGUCUCUGAUUAUUGAUACAGUCAACAGAGUCGCUAUAAACACAGUCCUUGGGAUGACUGGAGUUGCGUCCAACGUCAUCAAUAUGUGUGUAUUUCUAAAACAAGGUCUUCACGUGUCCAUGAAUAUCAAUUACUUUGUUCUGGCAAAUGUCGACCUACUCCGGACCAUCAACUACCUCUGGAUGACUGUGUGUUUAAAUCCUGAAAUAGAGACGCUAGAUGCCCCAUUCAUUUUCCAGGACAUUCAAUAUUUGACCAACGGUUGGAUCAGUGGAAGUCUUGAAAGAGUGACCAUAUUCAUCAUAGCCUUUAUGACAGUUCAAAGAUGUUUUUCCAUCUUAAGGCCCCUCACUAUCAAAAGAAUGAUCACACCUGUACGAUCUGCCAUCGUUUUUACUUCAGAUGAAGCAGCAGUCAAAGUGGAGACUUACUACUCUCAUCAAGAACCAGCACCCAGUUAUUUCUAA